AUGGCUCAACCUACCCAACUCGCAUAUCGCACGGCUAAGGGUGUCGGCCUCUUCAACGCCGCGCCUGCGUAUGAAGCGCUCCCAGGCUUCACCAAGCCAGAGGGCAACCUCCGCUGUUGUGUCUACUCGCCUGACGGCCGCUUCUUCGCCUGGGCCUCUCCCGACCAAGUGACCGUGGUCGACGCAGCACAAGGCCACACGGUCGCGACUCUGCCCACCCAGAACGUCUUCGAGCUGGGCUUCUCUCCCCAUGGCACCUACAUCAUCACCUGGCAGAGACCCACCAAGGACGAGAACGGCGACGCCGUGAAGAACCUCAAGGUCUGGCGUACUCUCGAAGAGGACACCGACCGCCAAGUCGUUGGCCAGUUCGUCCAGAAGAACCAGACCGGCUGGAACUUGCAGUACACCCUGGACGAGGAGUUCUGUGCUCGCUCCGUCACCAACGAGGUUCAUUUCUACAAGGCCUCAGACCUGGCCAACGUCCACAACAAGCUGCGUGUUGAGGGUGUUCAAGAUUUUGCUCUGUCCAAGGGUCGCAACGCCAACAUUGCUGUCUUUGUGCCCGAGCGCAAGGGUAUGCCUGCCCAGGUCAAGGUCUUCAACGUCCCCCACUUCACCUCUCCCGUCUCUCAGAAGACCUUCUUCAAGGCCGACAAGGUCCAGCUCAAGUGGAACAACGAAGGCACCAGCUUGAUCGUCUUGGCCCAGACCGAUGUCGACAAGACCAACAAGAGUUACUACGGCGAGACCAACAUGUACAUUCUUAGCUCCAGCGGCGCAUUCGACUCGCGCAUUACUCUGGACAAGGACGGUCCGAUCCACGACGUUUCCUGGUCGCCCAACUCCAAGGAGUUUGGUGUCGUCUACGGCUACAUGCCUGCUAAGACCACCAUCUUCAACCAACGUGCUGUCGCCCAGCACAGCUUCAACCUUGGUCCUCGCAACACCAUUAUUUUCUCUCCUCAUGGUCGCUUCGUCAUUGUCGCUGGUUUCGGCAACUUGGCUGGUACCAUGGACAUUUACGAUAUGGAAAAGAACUACCAAAAGGUUUCGACCAUCGAAGCCAGCAACGCCAGUAUCUGCGAGUGGUCUCCUGAUGGCCAGCACAUUUUGACCGCCACCACCAGCCCCCGUCUGCGUGUUGACAACGGCAUUCGCAUGUGGCACGUCUCCGGUUCAUUCCUAUACAACGAGGAGAUGAACGAACUUUACCACGUCACUUGGCGUCCCGAGUCCAUCGAGAAGCACCCUCUCGGCAAUCCCCUGGCAAAUGUGCCUGCCCCCCACGCAUCUGCCGCCGCCCAUCUUGCCACAAAGAAGGCCCCUUCCAAGCCUGUGGGUGCUUACAGACCCCCUGGUGCUCGUGGCUCCUCCACCCCCUUGCACUUCAAGCGUGAAGACGAAGGCGGUGCCGCUUUCAUCAACCAGGGCAUCUCCUCCGCUAACAUCGGAGCUAAUGGCUUCGGUUCCCGCCCUAGAAGACGCGAGGUCCCUGGUGCCGAGCCCACCGACCCCUCAGCUGCAGGCGCUGCCCCCGGUGGCGGCGUCAGUCUCGCCGGCGCUGACGGCGAUGAGAACCUCAGCAAAGCAGCCCUCAAGAACAAGAAAAAGAGAGAAGCAAAGAAAGCCAAGGAAGCCGAAGCCAAAGCCUCUGGUCUCGCUCCCGAAGCCAAUGGCGAUGGCCAACAACGCAGAGAACGCAGUAGAUCAAAGUCUGGUCAACAGCAAGGGCCCGUCCGCGGUCAAUCCCACCGCGGCGAAGCUCCCUCUACACCCGCCAAGCAAGCUCCCACACCCGCCCCUGCACCUGAAGUCACUGUCAGCAGCCCUGCCGUCGAGUCCAGUCAAGAUAAAAAGGUGCGCGCUCUAUUGAAGAAGCUGCGCGCCAUCGACGAUUUGAAGAUGCGUCAGGCUGGUGGUGAGAAGUUGGAGAAUACACAGGUAUCAAAGAUCUCCACUGAGGAGGGUGUUCGCAAGGAACUUUCUGCUCUUGGCUACAACGAGUAG